AUGGCCUCCAACGCACCUCCCCGUUACCGCAUUUUGACAUCGCGGUCUCAGAUACGCUCGACUACAACGGCCAUUCUCGACGCCGAACACCCGCUUCCUGCUCUCUUUGUUUCCGGUGGACCAUUAUACAACUGGCCAUUUACGAGGCGCAACAUCCAAACUACUGAGACGUAUAUAAUUAGUCGUCUUCAAACACAGAGCGGUACCUGUCUCCCUGAGGGAUCGGGGAUCCUCCCAGCAACAGGACCAGCAUCCGCACCCGAUCCAAGUCCAAGCCCAAGCCCGGGUCGGCUCCCAUCUCCUGUACGCUGCUCAGAUCCCACUCUAUGUCGGUCUCAGUCUCCAUUUCUCGGUCAAAGUUUCGGUCCAGCUUCAUCUCCAGCUCCAGCUCCCAGCUUGUCUUUCGGUGACAUUGAGCUGCCACGUGCUCAUCACUCAAGCUCUACCCAUGAACCCGCUCAUAAAUAUGAACUGGACAUCGGCGCCAGCACUCUCCAGGAGAUCAACUACGACGACGCAUCGUUCGAAAUGGCCCCGGUUAGCAACGGUGGCCAUAUAGCUAUCACCGUUGAUGACCUCGACUUGAGCAACAUGGAGUCGGAACUCAACGCCGACACCAUCGGUCGCAUUACGGAUGGCGCUUAG